CAAACUCUCUCUCUCUCUCUCUCUCUCUCUCUCUCUCUCCACGCCAAUGGAGACGACCCAGGGAGGCGAGAGAAGCGCUUCUCCCGAAGAGCUUCUGGGAGAAGCAGUGGAGGAGGAGGAGAAGCAGAAGCAGGAGUCUCUGGAGGAGAUGCUCGCGAGGCACAGGGACGAGGUACAAAAGCUGCAAAACAAGGAGAUCAGCCUUAAGAAAGAAGCCGCCAAAGGGAGCAAAGCCGAGCAGAAAGCAAAGAAGAAGCAAGUGGAAGACGAGAUAUCUCGACUCACCGCCCAACUGAAAUCCAAACACUCGCAAGAACUCGCUUCGUUGGGCUAUCAAACCGCCGACGACGUAGUGAAGGCCAUCUCCGGCGUUACCAUUUCUGGCAAAAAUGAACCCGCCAAACUGAGCAAGGGGGUGAGGCGCAGAGAGAAACGAGCUCAACAAGAAGCCGCCCGCGAGCAGAGAAUCCAGGAAGAGCAGAGCCAAAUCGUCAGCGAUCGAAUGGUCGAGAACGAAAAGCUCGAGAAAAAGCUCGAGCCGCUAGGGCUAACCAUCAACGAAAUCAAGCCCGAUGGGCAUUGCUUGUAUCGAGCGGUCGAAGACCAACUCUCGCUCCAUUCGCAUGACGCCGCUGGCUACGGCUACGUCGAGCUCCGAAGGAUGGUGGCGAGGUACAUGAAGGAUAACACGCGGGACUUGUUGCCCUUCUUCUUAGCGGAAAACAAGAUGGAGUUGGAUUCGCAUUGCACCGACGUGGAGAGGUUCGAGAAGUACUGCGAGGAGGUCGAGUCGACGGCGGCCUGGGGCGGGCAACUCGAAGUCGGGGCUCUCACUCAUUGCUUGAAGAAGCACAUCAUAAUAUAUUCUGGGUCUUUUCCUGAUGUGGAGAUGGGGAAAGAAUACAAGUGUGAGAGUGGAAGCAGUGUGGAGAAUCCCAGCAUUUUGUUAUCUUAUCAUAGGCAUGCUUAUGGCCUGGGUGAGCAUUACAACUCCGUGGUUCCUACUGGAAUGAGGUAACAAAAAUGUUCUCUCUCUCUCUCUCUCUCUCUCUCUCAUGUAGAGAUAUACUGUAUGAGUACCGCUUGUCUACGGCGUACGGUAAGGCGAAUUUUGCGCUUUGUUUCGUAGCAUUUCGAUAACUUGGUAUCUUUGUAUUGUUUAGUUGGUGAAUUGAGCUUACUGAUGUUUCAGUAACUUCCUUCUUUUGUUGGAAUAUGAAAAAUUAGAAUAACAGGAGUAAUAUGAUUUGCAGUU